AUGCUGAAUAUCGGCGGUGUCGAUGAUGACAUAGAAAGGCUCCACAAAUUUGAUAAUAAUGGAAAUAAUUAUAAGUUGAACGUAUAUAUUAUGAUAUCACGUCAUCGCCCGUCGGUCGAAGUAAAUGAAGUGAUCAUCAUAUUAUCGAUCGAGACUAGUCGUCGAUUUUUCGAUAUAUUUUCGUCUAAAUUUUCUCGAGCAUAA